UUGCUGCUGUGUUCUCCAUGCAGCCCUUUGACAGAGCCAUUUGGGAUUUUUCUUGGCCCCAGACACGCCAGCAUUCCCUUUCUUCUGCAGCCUGUCUUCUCCCUGUUUUGCUUCCUCCGUCCUCUCACACAGAUUCCUUCUCAUGUUCUCGUGUCAUAAUCUCUCCCUGGAAUGCUCUUUCCAGAUCUGUCUUCCAGGCUUUAUGUUCACCUUGGGCAUGUUCAUAAGCACCUGCUCUCCGCCUGCUCUGAGGUUUCACAGAUGACUGGAGCUACUCCUCAACCCCAAGAGAUCUUAGGGUUGGCAAAUGAGACACCAAUGAAGAGAACGCUCUAAGUGUUGCAGUAGGUAAAAUGUAUUGCCUGCUUGCUCCAUGCCAGGAGCUGUUUGAAUGCAACCUUCACAGUAAGCCAGUGAGGUACGUCUGACUCCUGUCAUUUCAUAGAUGAGAAAUCGAAGCAUGACGUGAACAAAAUAGUGGACCUAAGUAACACGGUCAGCGGCCAGGUCAGAGUGACCGCCCACUUCAUCAGGCACCAGCCUGUGCUCCUAGCAGUCGGGCCAUGCUGCAUGUUCUAGCACCCAGAUGGCUGCGCUUUCUAAGAAGUUGUCUUCGAAGUCGUGACACUUAGGCCAAGUUUUAAAAACCCUGAGAGAUUAGGGGAAGAGGGAAGAGAACAGACAAAACUAAAAAGGAUUGAAAGCAUGUAGGAAGCUAAGUUCUCCAAAGAAUAUGAAGCAGAAGGGCAACAGGACAGAGAACAUUGGGGCUUUUACUUUCUGCACAGGCAGGGAACCACUCAGUCAUUACAAGGGGGCCAUGAAAGCAUCUGCAUUCAGAAGUGUCUGGCUAGCUGGCUGCCUGUGGAGCAUGGAGAAAGCUUGCCAGCGAGGAAGACAGAAGGAGGUACUGCAGAAGCCCGAGUGGGGCCUGAGGGGGAGACCGGUGAGAGGCUUCGGACGUGCCGUCGGCAAGACUCCAUUGACCAGACCAAGCUCAGCAGGGCUGUGGUGUUGUGGCCCUUGGCUAAUCACACUAGCAACACUUUAAUGGGGAUUUCUGUUGUUUUAGUCUUGCACAGUAUCAAAAGGUUUUUGAAUACGGAGCUUAAUCAUUUCUUCGGUGUUCAUUUAACACCAGUCAUGUUGUUAUUAUUUUUGACAAAAAGACUGCAACAGCCACAUCCUUUUCUUACCCAUUUCAGCCAAGCUCCUCUUCAGACCAUGGGUGGACCCUCUGAGAGGUCACUUCAUAGUGCCCCCGUGUGACAUGGAGGACAUCAGCUGCUGUGGUGGGAGCGUCACGCAGAGACAGGACCGAUGGUUUUUUUAGUUAGAAGAGCAAACUAGAAGCCCACUCCAGUGGCUGAACUAUCCCAGGAAGGAUUUCAGGAGGCAGAGGCUAUAGCACUCUUCUGCUACCUGCUGUCUCUCUGUCCUCUGCCCCAUGAGAAUGAUCUUCUCUUUGGCAAAGAGGAAGAGGUGGGUGGCGUUUGGAAAAAUCCCUACUAGAUCAGACGUCCGUAAGAUUUCCAGUACUUCCUAGGUUUCAUUCAUCAGGAAAUACCUCUAAAAAACAGCCUUUCUUGUCGUGUUUUGAUGUCUGAGACCAGGAAAUGCAAAAAGUCUGUGAUGUUAAGCCGCCUGGUCAUUUUCAUGCCGUCAGCGGUGAGGCCUGUGGAACCUGCAGAGCUCUUUACAGGCGUCCAGUUUGUGCCUCAGUGCACACGUGCUGUGGGCCGCCAGAUCACAUCACCUCAAGGGUGAACACAUGUAACCAGCCUGAUGUGGGGGCUCAGUUCAGCGGUUCAUGAGAUGCCGGCUUGCAAACCUGUAGGUCUGGGGAGAGAUACACCUGGAUUUAAAUCACCUUAAAAGGCUACAAAACGACAGAGCCCAUAAUUACACAUGGGUUAGGUGAUUUCUCUGAGCCUGUUGCCCCUUCUGUGGAACAGUCUCAGGAUUUGGGGGAAUUUGAUGAGCUAAUUACACAUAAACAGCAUGCACGUUAGAGUUAAAAAGAGUUUGUAGUUUUAGUCCUUUACACCUUUGGUUUUUAGUCAAAGCCAGAGUUUAGGGAAAGGAAUAUUUCCAUUCAAUUAGGAAGUUACUGCGCCAUAUUAAAAUCUGGGGGAGAUUUCCUUAUUUCUCUACGUGACCACAAAUAUAAUCAUAUAGAGAAAUGUUUUUCUCUUUGUAGCUAAUUAGCCGUUAAGAGAAUUCCCAUGUCCGGGGGCCUGAGAGGCUCAGUCAGUUAAGCAUCUGCCUUCAGCUCAGGUCGGGAUCCCAGGAUCCUGGGACUGAGCCCCAUGUCUGGCUCCCUGCUCGGCAGGAAGCGGGCUUCUCACUCUGCCUCUGCAGCUCCCUCUGCUUGUGCAUGCUCUCCCACCCCCUUAAAUAAAAUCUUAGAAAUGAAAGAAAAGCCCAUGUAGAGAGAUAUGUCUUAACCAAGUAGCUGAACCCCCUCCUUGGGCUAGAGGAUUGGGGAUCCACCUACCCUGUCCCUUUGUGAUGCGGAGCCGUCUUGGGGGGUGAGCCACAGUGGGAUAUGCGACAGCGACUGCCUCCCUUGCUCUUCACCAAAACCUUCGGUAAAGGCUAGGGUUCUCAUGAAUGAAGAACAUAAUCUUCCCCCCAGCAAGGGCUCUGUACCAGUGAUAGCGCCCCAACAUAAAAUUUCCCUAGGUCUUUGAUAACCCUAGUGGAUUGCAUCAUAGGUUUAAUUCCAUGAACAGGUAAUUCCCACCUGUUUACUGUCAAGUACACGUUUAGAGGUGCCUUACUGGCUCAGUCAGAAGAGCAUGCAGCGCUUGAUCUCAAGGUCUUGAGUUUGAGCCCCACACUGGCCGUAGGGAUUACUAAAAUAACUUUACGUGUUUAUUGUUCUCCAUAGAUUCCACGUCUUCAAGCAAUCCUCAAACUUCAGAGUAUGAAUGAAUCUGAGGAUCUUGUUAAUAGUGCAGACCUGAUCCCAAAGGUCUAGGGGACCCUGGGGUUCUGCAUGUUGAGCCAAGGUCCAAGUAAAGCCCAUGCUCAUGCUUUGCAGACCACAUUUGAGUAGGAAGGUUUUUAACUAUCUCCAGAGAGUACCUGCUUGUAUUAAGUGAUAAUUCGCACUUGUGUGUGUUUUUACCGACUGCCCCACUACGGUGUUCAGGGCUUCUGAUCGGCCCAAGAUGUGGCUAUGUUGCCACCCUUGAGAUGAUGGGACCGCUCAGACUGCUUACCUGCCAAUUUUAACUGUAAGCACUGUCUGAUACCUUUCAAUAUUGUGAAAUACUUAAUGUCUCAAGGAUGUCCAGCCCCAUUUCCACUUAGCUUCCUUGGUGGCUGGGUGCCCAGCUCAGUCCCCACUGUAUUACCCAGCACAACCAGGCGACCUGGACAGCCCAUAAGUCGUUUUGACCCUAAUAUUCUGGAACCAGAAUCUUCUCAGAUAGACCCAGUUUGACAUCUCAGGGAGGGGAAUCUUGCACAGCCCUUCUCUGAGCAGCCACAGAAAGUGGCACAGGGCCUUGCCUUUCCUCAGGAAAUGUGUUUUGUGGUAAACUGCACAGAAGAGAAUUUACCAUUUAAGCCAGUUUAGACGGUGCAGUUCAGUGGCCAUAAGUACCUUCACAACCGUCACCAUCCGUCUAUAGAACUUUCUCAUCUUCCCAAACUGAAACUCCAUACCCAUUAAACACUAACUGUUUGUUCCGACCCGCCGCCAGUCUCCUGUCUCUGGACUUGUCCAGUCUAGGCACCUCAGCCCCGCAGUCACACAGCAUGUGUCUCGUGUGUCUGGUCAAGGCAUACAGUUUUAAUCUUCAUCAGCAGGAGGCAUGGCCUACAUAGUUACUACCGCUGCGCUUUAACCCAUGCUGGUGGAGUCUGACUGGCCACUGACGAUGUGUCUGCUGAUAGUUGUUAAUGAACAAUUGAGGGCAGUUUAAGAAAAACAUCAGGAGAAAAAGCAUCAAAAGACUGCACUCAACAGACCCAGACAAAAUUCCUUCUGAGGACUUGGGAGAAACAGGUAAAACGAAGUUAAAUAUAUAGCGUAACCCUCACUUUUGUCAGGGAACAAAGCCCAGCGACAUAAUUUGGUGCUACAACAGAUCUUUUCUCCCUCCGUUUCCUCCCAGCGCAGCCCCAGUCCACUUGUAGCCAGACCUUGUGGGCAGAGGUAGAAAGCCGUCUGUCUCCGGUAACUGCCUCGAUUUCUCUUCUGCAUCUUUCCAUAUCUAUAGAAGGGAAAACUUGACAAUUCAGUUACUUAAUUUACUACUUUUUCAGUUAACUUACUACUUAAUCAGCCACUUUUUAAGAUGUCCAGCCUCCACAUUCCACCCAUUACCCUCCUACAGGAAGAUAGUCCCAUGACCCUUCGUGUCAUGCAGCUGAUUAUGUGACCUUGAGGAGGUCCAUAUGUCACAAUGCAUAUUUACCAACACUAAGCAUUAGGAUUGCCAGAUCCAGGCCAGCCCAAGGGGUAUCAGAUGAAUGAGACCCAGCCCUGCUCCCAGACAUGCCGGUUCCUGAACAAGAUGGCCACAUAAACAAUUAAAAGCAAGUGGUAAGUGCCACCCGUAAGGGCAUAAUGAGAGAAGAGAGAACGGGGAUUUCAGCCAGCGUGGGCGUGGCUAGGAGAGAAGGGGUGAGGUGGGACAUGCGGAGAGACUGGAGAGGCUGGUGCUGAGGGAUGAGGUGGUGGCUGGCUUCACCUGCCAAUCAGGGUUGGGAAAAGGGCCUCCUUCCAGCAGGUCAGCGGGAAGCUGGUCCCAGCUGGCCGUGACUGAACUCACCAGCCCCCCUCUUCCCUUGGGGCCAUCACUUAGCAGCCUUGCCCUCUUCCUGCCUUUCUUCCCCACCCACCGUGUUCCCACUGACUCUGAGCCCUGACCUGGCUCUCCUCUCCCUCUGCCUGUCCUCACACCCAGCCCUGGGAGUGUACGGCCCUGGUAGAUGCAACAGUUUGAAAGAGGAGGCGAUCAGAAGAUAGUAGAGCGCUCCCUCUCCCGGCUCCCCUUGGGCCAAACUGCAUGGUGGAAAUAAAUGAGCUCAUCAAACUGGCUUCCAUCCAAAGCUGCCAGGUGUUACCUCCUCCCCCUGCCCAAGCAGGCCUGUCAGCCCAGCCAGUGUCACUGAGCAGGUAUCAUUCCCUGGGGACCACUCACAGAGCUCAGAGGACAGUCAGCAUCGGUCCAUGGCAAUCCCUUGGAUGGAAUCAUAUGGUUCCAAUGCAUCUCACCACUUCCUACUCCAACUGCGAUCCACCUAGGGUCUUGUCUUCCUUCUCCCCUUCCAUACAUGCUACCUUACGUUUCAGGCGCUAGGGGCGCCCGUAAACACACUGCAGUGGUGUGGACAGCAGACAAAGCUAAGGCCGAUCACCCAGGCAGUGCCUCCAGACUGGCCUUGGAACCUGCUCAGUACCUUAGCCCGUUCCCUGGAGAAGAGGUGAGAAGUAAGCCCCACUUCAGCUGCGCAGCUGUCUUUGGUAUCAAAGGAAGUGAAGUGGAAAUGGUGUGGAGGUGGUUGGGCACGGUUGGCAUUGCCCAGGGAAACCCCAAGGACAUCUGUUCCUUCUGUAGGAUGCUGAGCACAACAGUGCACCCUCUUCUCUGGUUUCUGUCUUUGGGAGUCCGGAUCCUCCUCUUUGGGGUUCUAUCCUAUAGGUCAAGUGCUGCUGCCUCCACCAAGCAAACCAGAAUCAAGCAGAAAUCUUCCCUGGAGCCUACACCAGGAAUCAGAGGACAAAGUCCCCUCACGAUGUUUCUUAGUAAUGACAUCCAUCCGGAGGAAGGCGAGGCGGCGGCGGAGUCUCCCGGGUGUUCGCUGCCAGAAUUGUAUGCUUCUGUCGAGGACUUUAUUAAGGAGAGCAAGAAAUCAAAUCUCCCCAAAACUCACAGUAUUUCACCGAGCAAAGCACAGAAAAUGCUUAGUCAAAACCUGAAUGCCAUGUCAAUUAGUGGAACCGACGACGUGAGGGAAGAAGACCCCCAGCCUCUCUUCGUGUGCGAGGUGGUGAGAAGAGAGGGGGAGAAACCAGACUCUGUGACCGAAAUCCUGUACCGAAGCUUGUUGACACCCUCGCUCUCUCUGGUGGAGAGACUCACCAAAUCCCAGCAGAGGCUCUUCCGGCAUGGGGUUCCUCCUCCCGCACACACUUUUCCCUAUGAGAUUCUCAUCGAGCACUCCAAAUCCUCAUCACCGGUCCCUGUCCCUGUAAAGGAGAAGACUCCGGGUGCCAACACAUUAGGCAUGCUGGGCAUUUCCAGGAUCACGCCAGAAAAUUUUGUCUUUGCAGACAGAAUUGCUAAGUACUUCUUAGUUGAUCCAGAGAAACAAUUCAUGGAUCUAAGGGAUUUGGAAUGGAGAUACUACAAGGGGCUCGCGUCAUGGAAGCACCGUACUAAAGAUCCACUCGUAGACAUAAAAUACGACAGUGAGAAGAGAUUCGUAGACAGCCAGCAGAUGCCUGGUGUCAUCUGCCCCCCUGUAGUUUGUAGGUCUUUAUUCAUUUACCCUCAGGUUGAUUAUCCCCCCAAAAAUGCGGCUUCUUCUUAAAUGAAAUAUGUUGUUUAUUAAAAUACUUUGGACAUG